AUGGCUCCCAACAAGCAGGACACGAGGGCGUACAUCAAGACCCUCGCGACGCCCCCUCCCCCGGGCACACCGUACGCAAGCCCUAUCCCCGGCACCGAGCGCCCGAACCGCACGCCCAUCUACCGCCACUGGCGCUUCCAGAACGGCCCUCUCCUCGAGACGUUCGACCCUGCCCAGCGCACUAUCAACGAUCUUUUUGAACACUCGGUUGCGCAGAACCCCAAGGCGAGGUGUUUGGGAUGGCGGCCUUGGAACGCGGUCACCAAGACCUUUGAGCCCAAGUACGUGUGGCUUACCUAUGGCGAGGUCGCCGAGCGGAGGAAGAAUUUGGGCGCGGGUAUUGUCGAGUUGCACCACCGUGUUGGUGUGCAGACCGACAAGUACGCCGUCGGCCUGUGGGCCCAGAACCGGCCCGAGUGGCAGAUUACCGAGCUGGCGCUGCUCUCGCAGUCGCUGUGGCCUGUCUCGCUAUACGAGACACUGGGCCCGGAGACGAGCGAGUACAUCAUCAACCACAGCGGCAUAACGGCCAUUGCUUGCUCGCUGCCCCAUAUCCCGACGCUGCUGAAGCUAGCGCCACGCGUGCCCUCGCUCAAGAUCAUCAUCUCGCUCGACCCCCUCGACGCCGGCGAGGUGCCGGGACACUCUAAGCGGGAACUCCUCAACGCCUCCGCCGCCAGCGUGGGCAUCCAAAUUUUGUCCAUCGACGAAGUCGAAUCGCUCGGUGCCCGCUCCGGCCGGCCCAUGCGCCCGCCCGGACCCGACGACACCCUGACGAUCAACUACACCUCGGGUACCACUGGGGACCCCAAGGGCGUCUUGCUCACCCACAAGAACGGCGUGGCCGGCAUUACGGCUGCCCGUUCCAACGAGAGCGUCCGCGCGGGCGAUGUUCAUAUCUCGUACCUGCCCCUGGCGCACAUCUAUGGCCGUAUGGCGGACCAGACUGCGUUGGCCGAGGGAGCCAGCAUCGGGUACUUCCACGGCGACAUCGCCGGCCUGAUUGAGGACAUCAAGAUCUUGCGCCCGGCGGGCUUCAUGUCGGUGCCGCGCCUGUACAACCGCAUCAACUCGGCUAUCCAAGCCUCUACCGUCAAGGCCGACGGCUUCAAGGGUACGCUAUCCCGUCGCGUCAUCGACACGAAGAAAGCCAGCAUGAAGCUGCCGGACGGCCAGGCCACCAACAAGCACUUUUUGUACGACCGCAUCUGGACUCCCAAGGUCCUCAAAGCGGUUGGCUUGGACCGCACGCGCACCAUGGUCAGCGGCAGCGCCCAGCUCGACCCGGACGUCCACCAGUUCCUCCGCGCCGCCUUUGGCAAUAACUUUGUCCAGGGCUUCGGCAUGACUGAGACAUAUGCUGUCGGUACCGUACAGCUACCCGGCGACUUCACCACCGGCAACAUCGGGCCCCCGUGCCCGUCAGUCGAGCUGUGCAUCGAGUCGGUCCCCGACUACGAAUACACAGUCGAAGACAAGCCGAACCCGCGCGGCGAGCUGCUGAUGCGCGGCCCCAUCAUCUUCCAGGAGUACUUCCGCAACCCGGAGGAGACGGCCAAGUCGAUCGAGCCCGAUGGCUGGUUCCACACGGGCGACAUCGUCGAGGUCGACAGCCUAGGCCGCUUCAAGAUCAUCGACCGCAAGAAGAAUGUGCUCAAGCUCGCCCAGGGCGAGUACAUCUCCCCCGAGCGCAUCGAAAACGUCUACAUGGGCGCCACCAACCUGAUCGCCAUGGCCUUUGUGCACGGCGAUGGCAAGGAGUCGUCGCUCGUUGGCGUGUUUGGCGUCGACCCCGUCACGUUUGCACCCUACGCCAGCAAUAUCCUCAAGCGGCCCGCUGCGAACGACCCGCGCGUCAAGGGGGCGUUCUUGAAGCUCUUUGAGAAGGUCAGGAACUGCCAUUUUGAGAUUGAGCCGUUCUCUAUUGAGAAUGAGCUCCUGACCCCGACGCUCAAACUCAAGCGUCCCCAGGCAACGCGUGCCUUCCGCAGUCAUAUCGACCGCAUGCCAGAUCUCGGGUUUCAAGCCGCUGAGGCGGUACCUGUAGCAUGGGGAAACAAUACUCCUGCCACCAUCACCGAACGGCCCACCAAAAGAGCUCGCGUCGAAGCGAAUUCAACCAUUCGGUCCGAUCGCCAAUUCCUGGCGUGCCUGGACCGACAAGUCUAUCCUCACAUUAAUGCGCAAACUCUCUCGUUACCAGACGGUAAAAUCAACCGGUUCGCGACCGCGAAACAGGUCAUCGUCAUCGACGAUGACGAUGCCGAGGUUGCGCCGCAAAGACCGGUGCCUACCCAAGCACUAACGACUUCCACGACCCUCGGUGCUCCUGCACCAAUUCCUCCAAGGCCCGCGAUUCUUCCAAAACUCAGCAGAAACUCGGCCCCUCCAAAACAAGCCGCUGCACCAGUCCGGCCUAGCACCCCACCGCAGGGUUGGAGAGCUGCAGCUCAUGCCUCAGUCUGGCAUAGAGGUCAACCACUGACGGGAAGCCAGGAGCGGGUAUCAGGGUGGUUUUCUGGGCAGAGGCGGCCGUAUAUGACAGCGGCCCAGAGACGGUACGCCGUAAUAGGCGCACAGAGUGUGCUACAACUGGACCCGGCAGUUCUUGAUACCCCCGCCACUUUCCACGUCGACUUUUCCACUGCCGAGGUUUCAGCCCUUCAACGCCUGGUUCGUCAGUCGCUAGGUCUAUCGCGAGGGAAAGAUACCCGGGAUCCCAAGAAAGAUCUAGCCAAGGUUCUCAAGAAGAACCCUCACCUUGUCCAGGGGGCAAUAGAUGCCAUUGAGCGGCAACGUGGGCUCCCUAAGAGGGCGCGUGAAGAUAUCGACAACUUUAUUCAGGACCUCCUCGGCCAUAAAACAGCCGAGGAACCGUUGAUACUGACGAUCUCAAGGGAUGACCAUGGCCAGGAGGACUUCGCAAGGGAACUAGUUGGACAGCGCGGUGUAGGGUCUAUGAGGUCAUACCAGAACUUCAACAACGGGUUCCGCAAAUGCCGCGAGGACGCACUGGAAAAACAGGUGGAAUGGACGGGCUGUUCGGGAGAUGUCACUACGAUCACAUGGGUCUCCGACGACGGCUUCCUCUGUGGCUGCACAAACCACUCAGAUCCCCAUAACCAGCAAUAUAAUAAGACUGGUAACCUGGUCCUGGGGUCCUGCACCGAUAUCACGCUCCGCGCUUACCCGGAGCAUCGCAUUGUCCGGCCGAUUGUGGAGACGGGAGAAAACUCAACGCAUGAGAUGCGCGAAAGUCAACCACCGUGGUUGUACUCCUCAGUCGUAUCGUCCGACUACGACGCAGUUCACGGUCGGGCAUUUACAAGCUCCUUUGACAAGACAGUCAAAGUGUGGAAGGUCGACCAAGCAGGGGCGUCGAUGGACAUGUUGGGGGAAUGGAGGCAUGGCGGAAACGUCAACUUCGUGGCUGCUUCGAAGCAUCAGUCGGGCAUGGUCGCUACGGCAGCAGACGUCGUCUCGGGUGCGGUGCGUAUCUACGAUUUGAACCCCACCUCUAUCUCUCAAAGCCCAUUCCGGUCAUACUCGUGCUCUCGCGUUACCGACGAUAAGGGCAACGAUGUAUCGAUCGAGAAGUGGGCCUAUUUCCCAGCUACGAUGCAAUGGGGCCUAGCCGACAACGUCAAGCAUCUUCUCUUAGUUGGGUAUUCGCCGCGAAGCCGGACACAUGAGGAUAGCGAUAUUCCCGUCGAACGGCGAGGCUCGGGCGAACUUUGCCUUUGGGACGGGUUGACUGGGGAGAGGUGGCGGGUCACAUCGGCGACUACACAGAAUGUGUUUGAGGUGUUGUGGCAUCCUACACAAGAGUGUUUCAUCGCGGCCACAUCGCCGUUAGGCCUAGACCCGGAGCCUAAUGUACACACCCAGAUCCGGAUCUUUCGGCCAGCCAAUAAGGAUGAGUUCGGGGUGAUGGCCUACAGCCCGGUCAUGACAUUAGACUGUAGGGCCCUGGAUAUCAACGAAUUGACAAUCAUGCCGAACAGCUUCUCGUUUUGCUACAUCACCGCGGGCUGCACCGAUGGAAACACCUAUGUUUGGGACACCGCCCGUGGUGACAAGCCAAUCCACGUCCUUCGGCAUGGGGACCCAAUUGACCCGUACCGUGGCAAUCGAGAGCGCGAGGAUAUUGGUGUAAAAUUCACGGCAUGGGGUAGCACGCCUGACCGUUUCUAUACUGGCUCCUCAGAUGGUGUCUUGAAGGUGUGGAACGUCCGCUCCCUCAGCAAACAGCCUCUGGUUCGGAACCUCUUCGAGACUGCCGCUUCGAUCACAGCCGGCAUGUUCAACAGCGACAAAACCCGUCUCAUUAUCGGCGACGCCAGCGGCCGGGUCUUCAUGCUCUCAAUCGACGAGGAAGAGGAGCAGGUUACCCCUACCACCAUACCCGGCCCUAACAACAAACCCCUAACUAUCAAAACCAAACGCCCCAAGACUGUCAUCAACCACCCAGACCCCCCCAACCCCACGCAUGACGCCCAGGGCCACCCGAUCGACCCACAACCCGGCCGUACCAUCAGCGACGCAUAUCUUACAGCCCACCAACUCGAACGCCACCCCAACCCCAUGAUCGGCGCCGUCCAGGGCCCGCGGUACGCCGAACUGAACAUAUACUGCCGCGACCUGCACUUCAACGGGGACCCGACACAACCUCUGCUAGCAGCGGUUGCGAGACAACAGCAGGAGGUGCUGAAACCGACCCGGCCGUUUGCGACCCACCGACCGGGCCGUAAUCCCCACGGCAACGGGGCCCUCCGGCCGGUGAAGGAGGUGGAUGGGCUAAGGGAGAGACAUGAGAGGAAUAGGGCGAUGGACUUGGAUGUGGAGGGGUUGAGCGAGGAGAGCAAGUUGGAAUUGAUGAUGGCUGGUGUGGAUUUGGAUUUGGGGAAUGAUUAUUUGUUGCGGGAGGAGGAGGAUUAG